AAAUAGGGUACUACGCAUGCGUGGAAAAAUCUCACGAGAGAUUUAGGAUCAACGAUUUUUUAUACAUCACGAAAUUACCACUGGUUCGUGACGAUUGUUAGUUCUAUUGUUUUUUAACCAACGCCGAUAAGAGAUGCCGGAGAACGUGCUAAACGGCGAUCAUAUUGAUGUGAAAAGUGCCAACUGCGAGUCCCAGAAUAAUGAUGAAGAGAGCACUGAAAAUGAUGUACAUUUUGAACCUAUAGUUUCUUUACCUUUAAUUGAAGUGUCCAAUAAUGAGGAAGAUGAAGUAGAAAUGUUAAAAUUGCGAGCAAAAUUAUAUCGUUAUGAUACAUCGAAUAAUCCAGCAGAAUGGAAGGAGCGUGGCACAGGAGAAGUCAAAUUGUUAAGACACAAGAUAAAAAACACAGUUAGAGUAGUCAUGCGCAGAGACAAAACCCUCAAGAUCUGUGCUAAUCAUUUUGUGACUCCAUGGAUGGAACUAAAACCAAAUUGUGGCAGUGAUAGAGCAUGGGUUUGGAGUGUACUUGCUGAUUUUGCGGACGAACAACUCAAGCCGGAAUUGCUCGCAAUACGUUUCGCGAAUGUCGAAAAUGCAUCAAUGUGGAAAGAGGCAUUUGAAAAAGCUAAGAAGAUUGUAGGAUCUGAAUGUGAGAUUUAUGCUGGCAAAAACAAUCCAGAACAGAAGCAUGGUGAAAGUGAUAGUGAAUCCAGCAGCGAUGUAAGUUAUGAUGAAAGUACUGAUAACGAGGACCAAACAAAGUUGCCUAAACAGACUGGAGAAUCUGCUAUUUCUCAGCAGAGAGAAGUCGAGAAAGUGCCAACAAUGUCGACAGAAAAAAAAGAUGUAGUAACGUCAAAUGAGGAGAAAAUAAUCAACGAAAUAACAAAGUUAAAAGUGAAAGACGAAGGUGAGAAAAAUUAAUAAUGAAUUAUGAAAUAUAUAUAUAUAUAUAUAUAUAUAUAUAUAUAUAU